AUGGACGCUGUGACCGCCGGACGCAGCAUGCAGUCCUCCAUGAGUGACUCCCUUGAGGCUUCACUCCCUUUGGUCGCUGCGCUCACCCUGGCAUGCCUAGCUCUUGGGUGGCUUGCGAUUCGAAGCAGCAAGAUGAGCAGGUCGCUUCCACCUGCCCCGGAUGCUGCGAGGCCUGACAAUGAUGGCCACACGACCCCAGCUGAGGUCGAUAGUACCGGAGAUGCCAAGCUCACUGACACAACCACGGCAGGGGGAGGAGUACAGGCACAGGCCCCGGGCCCGUCGCAAACCUCUCCAGCUGCAGAUGGCACUCCCACUACCUCGACGCCUGCCUCACCGGAGUCUACAGACAUGAGUGUUAUGACCUCGAUGACGAUGGCUACAAUAGUGGUGUUGGAGAACCUGGAUGGGGCCCUCCAAGACCAUCAUGUCAAGCAUCAGAGUGCGAUCUUGAGUGGGGUCAGGAAGGAAUUGGCCUCGAUCCUCAACCAACGCCCACCUGCUACGAUCAGUGACAUGAAAGCACUGGGGCUGGAAAUCCAGAAUGCCAGAUCUGAGAUCAAGACGCUCCAAGAUGAAGUCAAGGAGAUCCACAAGCUGGUAGUGGACACACACCAGUCCACCCUCGAUGCGCGAGUCGAGCUCAAAACUGAAGCGGACCGCCAUGAGGACUCGCUUGCAGCCAUUGACCACAAGUUUGACUCUGAGGUCACCUUCCUGAACUCCAAGCUGGAUGCCGCCGCCACGAAGAUGGACCAGAUCGGGACUGAUGUCCGGAACAUCCACAUGGUCAUCCCCUACAUCCAGAAUGCACAGGUGGCAAUUGAUGACGCUCAAUGGCACAUCCGUGAGGUCUACAACAAAACCUAUAUGCAGAACAACAUCCUCGAGAACACCAGACUUUUGGGGGAGGCGACCGAAGAGCAGGACACAGCGCUGGCCAAGAUCAAGGAAAUGAUUGAGGAGUUGCUGAGCAGGCUGCUCCCAGCGAGUACUACCCCAGCGCCACGAGCUCAACAACCACCUCCGAGUCAGGCGCACAUGCCGCCACCGCUCCACACGGCAAAUGUUACGGCGAGGCCCUGUGGUCCCACUGGGGGCAAUCAGCCAUGCCCUUUGGACCUCACCAGUGCCCUGCAGUACAAGGCGCCGCCACCGUCGGCUCCGCCGACGUCUCCAGCUCCGCAGACCUUGGACAGGCACACGUUGACCCUGACGCCGGAUGACCUAGCCCGUCUGCUUCUGGUAUUGCAGCAGAGCCAAGCUCUGGCGAUCAGACAGUGA